CGCUGAAUUUCAUAAGGAAGGACGUGUGGGAAUAAUUUUUUGAUAAUUUUAACUUCGUGUUAAUGUCUGCCAAAUUAGAAGAUGACCACAAAGUUGGCACUUUGGAUACAUUGCUCAGCAGUGCGUAUUGUCGUUCGCAACGUUUUCUCUCCAAGCAAUUGGCUCAGCUUCGCCCUGAACUCUCCAUGUCAAUGUUCUCCGAAAUUACACAUCGCUUCCAGACGGCGAGGGAGGAGGUGCGUGCGCUGUUAAUACAAUGUCUAUUGCCAUGGCUGCACAACAUGGAACUAAUUGCCACAAGUGUUCCUCCAGCAACACCGUUAUCCUACAUUAUGUAUUUCCCCGACUCUGGUACACGUGGACGUAGGGAAGGAACGGGAUCAACGGAGGCCACCGAAAUGAUUUUGAAUAAUCUUUUCUAUAUAACAGCAAAGUUUUCGGAUUCACAUCCCCGUGACGUUGAAGAACUUUGGGGCACACUCUGCCAAUUCUGGCCAAACAACCUCAAGGUCAUCCUACGCUACUUGGUUAUCAUGAGUGGCAUGGCGCCGAAUGAACUUUUACCAUAUGCGAAACGCGUGGCAUUGUAUCUCGCCCGCACUUGCCCCGACCGUCUUUUGGACGAACUAAUGGUAGAACUGCAAACUGUGGAAACGCUUAAUUGCUUAAUUGAACGCACCGAGACACCACCAUUUUAUCGCCUAACAAGCAUGCGGAAAGCUUCCAGCCACUCUGCUGACGGUCAAGCAGUUGGAGGCAUUAAUGACUCACGUAUUCAAGAUUUAAUUGUAGAGAAGGGAACGAUUCACACAAAACGGCACAGUGGCGAAGAUCCUAUCAAAACGGGAACAUGUAAAUCUGAUAGCGGUAUACGCGCCUUCACACAAGCCGCAAAUAAUCGUCCACCACGAGGCGCUGAUAAAAUACGUGCUGCCUCUGGACCAUCGAUAUUACCCCGUCCCGAAGAUAUUUUAAUUAAUGAUGCUGAGCUACGGCAGGAGGAGAACGUAGAGUUGCGAUCCGCAGAUGCUCCUAUGGCACCACAUCCACUGCCCAUGCCGGAGUAUGGUGGAUACUUUGCCCCACUUACUGAAUUUUUACCAGACGCCAGUUUGCCAAUCAGCGGCUUUCACCGCUGCAACGUUGCCGUGAUGUUGUUAACAGACAUUGUUGUCGACGGUAUUCCGGGAAUCGAUUGGACGUUGCAUUUACCAUUGAUGCUGCAUAUUUCAUUUUUAGGUAUAGAUCAUACGCGCGUUAUUGUGCGAGAACAUUGCAAGCAGCUUUGUAUUAAUUUACUGAUCGUUUUGGCUGAGCAUAAUGACCAUCUUACUGUCGCUCGCAUUUUGUUGAACUGCGAAACAAUGAAACUCGACUUGGGGCUAUCGGUGCCAUCCUUGCCGGUAAUAGACAACAUAUUUACAGCUGCUCGAAUGUCUCUGAAAAUGCACCUGCUCAAUAGUCAUUUGGACUUUUUUCCACCGAAUUUGGGAGCUGAGAGCGACGAACAGGGCGAAAGAUUUCACCAGGACAAUGCAACUAUUUAUCAAAAAGCGGUAUGAAGGUUUCUGGGAUCAGACAAUGAUAGGCGACUAUUGUUGGAUGCAACUUCGAGAAGACAGAAUGGAACACAAACGAAGAGGUUUGACAGAAAAAUCAUAUUUUCGACCUGAAGUGUGAAAAUGUUAGAAACCUCGAAUUGCUUGUAUUUACGUUAUGCGUCAUAACUUCUACAUUUUUUCUUCCAUCGAAGCAAUACUUAGCUUAGAUUGUAUGUGAAUUCUCUUCAAAUUUCU